CGCCGGGACUGGCCGCCUGCGCGACGACGCGGGGGAGGCGGCGGCCGUCGAGAAGGUGGUGACCGCUUCGCCCACCACCAUGAUGCGGUCCAUGCCGGGGGCGGGUGCCGGGGCGCCGGGCCACCAGCCGGGCUCGGGUCCGGGCCCCGGCACGCAGUGCGACGCCAUGCUGCUCGGCAGGGAGCCCGUCGAGGGGGCGGUGCACGCCACCUCCCUGGGCAGCCUCGUGCGGGGUCUUGCCGGGACCAAAGCCAGGCCAAACCGCCAGGGGCGACGCUACCUGCUGCGCUGCUCCGACGUCGGCGUGGAGCUGGUGGCGCGGAGGCCCGCGCUGCAGCGGCCGCCCGGCGCCCUGGCCAGCGUGCGCGCCGACGACGAGGGCUUCGAGUCGGACGAGGACCGGCGGUCCACCCGCUCUGAUGACUCGACGAGCGUGUCGUCGUCAUGCUGCCUCGUGGACGACCACGUGUUCAAGGCGGGCCUGGCUGCGGGGGCGGUGGCCCGGGCCGUGGCCCUCCCCGGCGCGUCCUCCACCAGCUCGGACAGCGCCAACAGCAGCGGCGGCUCGGACACGGACGAGGUGGACGCCAAGGCGCCGCUGGAGACCAUCGCCGUCGAGCCGCCCGCGCCCGUCAGCCCACCGUUUCGGGAGACGUUCUCCUUCCAGGACGUGGCCUUCUGCCACGUGGACGCCGCCUUCCCCCGGGUCGUGGUGCUGGUGGUGCGGAGGGGCGCGGCCCCGCGUCGCCUCAGGCCGCCGGGCGGCCCCUCCAGCGCGGGGGGCGGCGCGCCCGGCGCGGGCCUCGAGGCGCUCGUCCUGGAGUGCCGCGGCGAGGAGGGCGUGCGCGCGCUGUGCGCCGCGUACCAGGACAUGAGCCGGCGCGCGCGCAUGGACGCGUGGUCGCACCGGCGGAAGGAGGACCCCAAGGACGUGGUCGCGGCCACGACCGCCACCACCGUCGUCAGCGGCACCGUGCUGCCCAAGUUCAUCUUCUCCAAGGUGGACGAGGCGGAGCAGGCGAGUCGCUUCAACCUGGUGCAGCGCACGGACGGCGACGGCGUGACGCACAUCGAGGUGUCGCGCGGCGGCGGCGCGUCCCUGGUGAGCGUGGACGACGCCUCCGAGGUGUGCGGCCCGUCCAGCAUCAUCAGCAUCAGCACGCCGGACGCGGGCAACGUGCUGACGGACCGCGACCGCACGCGCCUCAACAAGGAGAUCGAGGGCGUGAUCCGGCCCAUGGCGGACUCGGAGCCGGCCGCGCGGCGGGAGCGCCAGCGGCAGCACGCGGACGAGCCCAGCCUGUGGACCACGGCGCUGACGCAGGACGACGACGCGGUGGCGGCCGGCGUCGGGCUGAGCGUCGGGCUGAGCGGGCCGUCGUCGCUGCCGCCGCCGCAGCGCCCCGAGCGCAAGCGCUUCGUCCGCAAGAACAAGGCGCCCGCGCCGCCCGCGCCCGCCGCGAACCACCCGCAGGGCGCGCAGCAGAACGGGGACGCCAACGCGAUGACGCUCAAGAAGAAGGCGCCGUCGCCCUCCCCCCAGGAGGUGGUCGUGCUCAACAACACCCUCAACAGGGUGGGCCGGGUGGAGCAGCGCGGCGAGCAGCGCGUCGUGCGCGGCCAGUUCAUCCGGGUGUCGGUGGAACAGCAGAAGCAGGCCUGGCCGCACGCCAGCCACUUCCCCGCCGGCUGGACGGGGCCGCCGCCCGCGCGCUCCGCCACCCCGCACCACGGCGCCCACCCCUGGGGAGCCUUCCCCGACGCGGACCACCGGCACCGCUACCAGCGCCGCAGCCGCAGCAGCGACUCGGGUCGCGGGCAGCAGCAGCAGCAGCAGCCCAGGCCACGCAGCCCGCCCGCCGCCAGGAGGCCGAUGGCCUACCGGUACAUCGACACCCCCGCCUCCGCCCACGCGGCCCCGGCCCAGCAGCCCGGACGGCAGCACCACGCCAGCGCCACCACCAACUCGCUGUCCAACCGCUUCUUCGGGCUGUCGCAGAAGUUGAGGGAGAUUGGGGGCUCGGUGGUGGGCGGAGGCCUCGGCGGUUACCCUGGCUCUGGUCGUCGGAAUAGCUGGGGGGACUCGCCCACCCGCUUCUACACUAGUUUAGACCCUCCGCUCAAAGCCUCGGGUGGCGGCAACAACCUCAAGUCCGUCAUUAAGAAGAAUCAGACCGCGGGCGGCGCCGAGCCCAAGAAGGUCACCUUUAGCGCGUAUGCCACAGUGCAAGUUGUGGACUGAGCGAGCAGUCAAAAAUCCUUUUCUUAGUGUUCUUGCUGUGUUUCUUUUGUUUGUUUUUUUUUUUUUUUGGUUCUUUUCAAAUUUCAUGCAUGUCAAUAAUGGCUUUUUUUUAAGCGUGAAAAAAAGUAUUUGUUUUAAUUAUAAUGAGAAUACUCUGAAUAGAGAGUGGAAAUCAAGGAAGUGCCAAUGUGGUGUCGGGAGGUGCGACUCUCCCGGCCCCGAAAUUAGUUUAUUGAAACUGAUUAUUUAGUACCAAUUGCUACCUACCCUACAGUGUACAUGCUUUGAUAUUCGUAUAUAUAUUUUUGUGCUACUUAAGCACUUCAGUCGUGUACAGGUAUGGUGUUAAGUAUGCCUUUUUUAGUUUAAGUUGUUGAUAUUUUUGGUCUUCGUUGUUUCUGUCCUAUUCUUUCAGUGUCUGUGGUUUACUAGCGGAAGUGUUUGACAUUUUCUUGUGGCCUGUAAAAUUUCCUGCUUUCUCUUAUCUCUUUAUGCGUUUUUUUUUUAUUUAAGUCACUUCCUACAUUAAUAUCAUGUGAUAAAACACAAUCAAUGCCCUAUCCUAUCAAUGUUUCCUUAGUGUAUAAAUAUUUUGUGAAUAGAACUUUUGUGAAACUGAUUACCUCUGAAAACUCACAGGCCUCAUAAAUACUGUAUUUUUUAUGGUCUUAGAAAUGGGCCUUGUGUCUUCUAUAUGAGUGCAGCAUUUUGCUCAAACCACCUCUGUUUGUUAGAUGUACGUUUGCUCAAGAGAUUCUCCUUCCUUUUUCUUCUUUAAGGAAAAACUACAUUCCUUAGAAGUCAAAUAGUUAAGUGCCCGAAGCUCUCUAGCAUCCCCCUCCUCUAUCCUCUUUUUCUCCUCUUGCAUGCCGAAGUAUGGAAAACAUUAAACAAAAAACUGAUUUCUGAUCUGUGUACAGGGAGCAUUUGAACCACAGCGUAAUUUUCGUUCAGUGCUCUCCACAAAUACUAUUACCACAUUUUUAGUGAGUCAUACACACCAAAAAAGAACAAAAUCGAACGAACAGUUCUAAUAAUAUUACACCAGACGACCAAGUAAUAUUAAUAUAGAUCUGUAAAAUUUAGCUAAACAGAGAAGCAUCUCAGAGUGAUUGUCCAUACAACCGAUAAAUCUGAGAGGCAUCAUGUGUGUUCUCAUCCUCCUCCUCUGAAUACCUCUCUCUUUAUGGAUUUUUACUCAUAACAUUUGUCAAUAAUUGUUCAUUUGUGAUAAAAUAUGUAAACCCUCCCAUAUAACAAUAGACCCCUCAGUUUCGGCGUCGGUAAUGACGUCAUGUCCUUUUACAUACUUACUCGGUCCAUUGCCAUGUUAAAUGUAAAGUUUUUGUUGCUGUUGCUUGUGGAGCAUGUACGAAUGUUGAAUAAACCAAGUCGCCAAAAUGUA